AUGGCAGACGCAGUUGUGAGAGACUAUCUGACCUGUCCCAUUUGUCUGGACACCUUCCUGGAUCCUGUGUCUCUGAGCUGUAACCACAGCUUCUGCAGCAGCUGUGUCCAGAAGCACUGGGUCCAGGACCAGAGCCAGGACCAGAGCCAGGACCAGAGCCAGGACCAGAGCCAGGACCAGAGCCAGGACCAGAGCAGGAGCUGCCCUCUCUGUAAGAGGAGGGAUUCUAAGGAUCUGGUAGUAAACUUUACUUUGAAACAACUGAGCGACGCUCUGAGGCUGAAGCUGCAGCUCUCUGAGCCUUCAGAGCAGAAGGACCAGACCCAGGACCAGACCCAGGACCAGACCCAGGACCAGACCCAGGACCAGACCCAGGACCACACCCAGGACCAGACCCAGGACCAGACCCAGAAGUGGACAGGAUGCUCGGUCCACCCCCAGGUGCCUCUUCUCUUCUGCCUGGACGAGGCCUGCUGCUUCUGUCCAGUGUGUGAGUUCCGUAAACACAAAGACCACGAGGUGCUGAGUGAGGAGGAGGCGGAGGAGCAGCUGAAGCAGCCUCUGCGAUCGCAGCUGCAGACUCUGAAGAAGACCAGACAGACCUGUGAAGACCUGCACAACAAAUAUGACCAGAUCCAGAACCAGUCUGAGAAACAGGCUCUGCACUGUGAGAGACAGAUCUCUGCUGUGUUCGACAGGCUGCGGCGCCACCUGCAGGAGGAGCAGGACACUGCACUGAGAGCUCUGAGGCAGGAGCAGGACAGACAGAAGCACCUCCUCAUGUCCCAGAGGACAACACUCAGAGACAAACUGUCCUCUGUGGACCUCAGCAUCCAACAGCUGGAGGAACAUCUGCAGACACCAGCACGGGACUUUCUCCUGACGCCUCCUGUCCCCACAGGGCUGAGGCAGGACCAGGACCAGGACCAGGACCAGGACCAGACUCCUCUCCCCACAGGACUGAUGCUGGACCAGGCCAAAGUCCUGGGGAACCUGGGCUUCAGGGUCUGGAGGAGCCUGAGGAGAGCAGUGAGACACAGUCCAGUGGUCCUGGAUCCAAACACAGCGAACAGAUGGCUGUAUUUGUCUGAGGACCUCAGUGCAGUGACUCACGGAGACACUGGUCAGGACCUGCUCCCUGACCUCCCAGAGAGGUUUAUGAACUCUGCCACUGUCCUGGGCUCUGAGGGCUUCAUCUCUGGGACACACCAGUGGGACGUGGAGGUGGGAGAUCAUCCAGGCUGGAUCAUCGGAGUCGUACAAGAGUCGACCGACAGGAAAGGAGAGGUACUUGCUACACCUGAAUAUGGAAUCUGGUGUUUAUAUCACGAAGAUGGUAAAUACACAAACGGCUGUGAUGAACCUGUGACUGUGGAGAAGAGACCAGAGAAGAUCCGGGUCAAACUGGACCAUGCCAAAGGAACCGUGUCCUUCUAUGACGCUGACCCCGAGUCCAGUCCUGCAGACCCAGAGUCCAGUCCUGUAGACCCCGAGUCCAGUCCUGUAGACCCAGAGUCCAGUCCUGCAGACCCCGAGUCCAGUCCUGCAGACCCCGAGUCCAGUCCUGCAGACCCCGAGUCCAGUCCUGCAGACCCCGAGUCCAGUCCUGCAGACCCAGAGUCCAGUCCUGCAGACCCAGAGUCCAGUCCUACAGACCCCGAGUCCAAUCCAGCAGGAGGUUCUGACGUCUCUGGGCUUUGA